UGUCUGCUGUCGUCCGAUUGGCCGAAGGCUGCUGGUCAAAUUCCGCCAAAACAGGAAGGACUUGUUUGGUCGGAUGCCAGCGUCACACACACUUGGGACACAAGUCACCCGCCAGCGUGUCACCUGGACUUAAACUUGGACCUGGACCUGUGCUCAGAGGUUGUGAUGUGGAUCUUGAUUCUGGUACCAGCUGGGUUCUUCAUCAGUGUCAUCCUGCUCAAGCUCAGCAACACCUCCACAGCUGAUUUGACGCAUGUGUUCUGGUCCAGGCAGAGCAAGAGCACCCCCAAACCGUCAGCUGGGUCUUGUGUUUCGAAGACACGUUGUCCACAAGAUCACUUCAGCUUCUACAUGCAGAGUGGUGCUGCUAAUGUGGUGCCGCCAAAGAUCUGCGUCCAAAGCAAACUGGUUCUGGGGACAGUGUUGAACAAUGCCGGGCUGGGAAUAAAUGUUGUCAUUCUGAAUGGUAAAACGGGGGCCGUGGUGCAGAGUGAUCACUUCAACAUGUACAGUGAGGAUGACAAAUCUCUCAUUGACUUCCUGAAGAACAUCCAGCAAGGUUCUGCUGUCCUCAUGGCGUCCUACGACGACCCAUCUACAAGGCUCACAGAUGAAGCCAAAAAGCUGAUUGGUGAACUGGGGAGUUCUGCCGUUCAAUCACUGGCAUUCAGAGAUAACUGGGUCUUUGUUGGCGGCAAAGGAGUGGUCACCAGCAACUUAGAGAAGCUGCUGAAGAAUGACAAAGAAAAGAACAAAUACAACAACUGGCCAGAGCUCAUAGAGCUGGAAGGAUGCAUCCCAAAAUAUUUAGGCUGACCACCUUUGACCUUGUUUACUCAAUCAACUGUAAAGUUGUGCUUUUAUUUUGAUGGUUUUACUAGUGUGCCAAUAUUUUGCUUACUGGAAACUAGGGUACUCGGCCUGAGAUACUGCAGUAUCUCAUUGCCUUUGGAAAUGGCAUUUUGAAUAUGAGAAAUGAUACUCAAAAUGCCCUAUAAUUUCAAUAAAAACAAUGAAAACCGGGAUAUUUGUAUCACUUUCCAAAAAAAGACGUGGACGGCCAGAAGAGAACGUAACAGAACACGUCAUGGGAAAACAGGACGUUUGGUCACCCAAGUUUUACUGAAAAAAAAUAUGGAAAACAGGAAGCACGUUUUUGAAUGUGAAAAGAAUGACAAAACUAUUUGUGUAUUUUUUCCAUUGUUGUUUACUCAUUGCCCAUAAACUAAAAUAAACUUCAUGAA